AUGCUCAACGGUAAAAAGAUCAUCACCAUUGGUUUGGUAGUAACCUUUGGCAUCGUGAAUGGAUACUACACAUUUGCCCCCAGUCUUCGGGCGGAGAAGGAGAAGCGUGAAGGCCUAAACCUUGGUCCCCCGGCCAAGCCCUCUCCAUAUGAGAUUAGGAAGCAAGAGUGGGAGAAAAGAGAAUGA